GUGUGGCUUUUACCAGGAGAUUUAGCUAAAUUUAAAGUUGUUGAAUGAGUGAUGUACAAUGUAGGAGAAUAGAUGUAUAAUAAGACUUACAAGCAGGCAAUGUGAAGGAGUUACUGGCCAAAAUACUCUCAGCUCGACUACAGCGCCUUUAUCCAAUGGCUAUCGACGUUACUGACCGUCAACCAAUCAGAGGCGUUGAUGCUGACAGGACUUUAGCGGGUACAUUUUCGAUCUCGACUCGACAGCAAGACAAGUAGACGAGCAUUGUUUUGGUAAAUAGAAAGUCUGCGGGAUUAAAAACACGAUUUUAUAGAGCACCUCGGACCCGUCAGUUUAACGAAUUAUGUGAUUUUAAAGAAUCCAGCAUGCGGACUUUUCUUUUGGUUCGUUUAUUUUCUUACUUCGCAAAGUCCAAGCGCUAACUAGCUGCCUGGUGCUAAUGUUAGCUAACUCUAACAGUGUUUUAACGAUGCAUCGUGGCGGACCUUUAUCUCCCUUUGUUGUCACGUCUAACUGCUCAUAAACAAGAGAAACAAUCAACAUUUUGGAUGGCGGUGGCUCCCGCCUCGAUGGCGGAUAAGAUCAUAGUCCUUGACGACGAUGAAGAGGAGAGUCCUCAGCCCUCCUGUGCUACCCCCACCUCGCCCCCUGAGCAUGUCUCGCCUGUCCAAGCUCAGCAGCCAACUCCCACUCACAUUACCCAGUCUCCUUUUGCCUCAGCGAAGAAGCAAACCCAUGUUCUUCAGGCAGAGAAUGAGAGGUUGUUCACUGAGUUUGUGGAUCACUGCUCGCCCCUUACCCAGGACUGCCCCGAGGUCUUGACCUUCCUCCAAACCAAACACUCCAAGGCCUCUCCCGAGUAUCUGUCAUCCGUGGAGUUCAGGAACACCCUGGGACGAUGUUUGACUCGCGCUCAGGCCAACCGCUCUAAAACAUUUGUCUACAUCAAUGAACUGUGCACUGUACUCAGGCAGCAUGCUGCCAAGAAGAGGCAGACCCUCACUAAAGUUGAGCCCGGGUCUUCUACCUCAACAUCAAGUACUCUCCAAUCUACCUCUGUUACGCUCAAAAGUAAAGACAAGACUAAAGGUAAGAUGGAUGAGGAGGAGAAAGGAGUGAAACUGGAAGAUGAGCAACCUUCCACCUCAGGGCUGCAGGAGAACAACAAAGAGGAGGAACAAGAAGCACAGAAAAAGGCAAAGAGGGCAUCCAGGAAACAGAUAGCGUACCUGGAGAACCUCCUGAAGGUGUACAACAGUGAGAUCUGCCGACUGCAGCAGGCUGAGCUGAGUUUAGACGACCUGGGAGCUGAGGACUCUUUGUACAUCCAGGAGCACAAGCUCAAACGCAAGAUGAUGAAAAUUUAUGAAAAGCUGUGUGAACUAAAGGGCUGCGACACGUUAACAGGACGAGUCAUUGAGCAGAGGAUCACCUACAGAGGCACUCGUUAUCCUGAGAUCAACAGAAGGAUCGAGCGUUUCAUAAACAGUCCCGAGGCACAGAGGAACCCUCCAGAUUACCCAGACAUCCUCCAGCAGGUGCUGCGUGCCAACGAACGCCACAACCUUUGCCUGAGCAGAAAACAGCUGAAACAGAUAGCCCAGGACGCCUUCAGAGAGACCGGGAGUCGCAUGCAGGAGAGACGUCACCUGGACCUGGUUUACAACUUCGGCUCACAUCUCACUGACAACUACAAACCUGCUUCAGACCCAGCUCUUUCGGACCCUUCACUGCUGCGAAAGCUGCGAUCGAACAGAGAAGUGGCUCUAUCCCAUCUGGAGGAGGUCAUCAACCAAAUACGCUGUCAAACAAGAGGACACAGAGGAGCAGGAGAGGAACAAACGGACUGGAGAAAGACAAGCAGAAAGAGGGCAACAAAUCAGAAAAGGGAGAAGGAACUAAGAGGUGAAUGGAGUGGCAGAGGAGGAAGAAGAAAUGGAGGAAGAAGAGGGGGAGGAGGAUGAUGAUGAUGAUGAAGAAGAUGAAUCCUCUGAUCCAGACAUAGAGGAGGAGAUCCAGGCCAGCACUCAGCAGGAUGGACCAGACGAUGAUGAGAAUGAGGAGGACAACAGUAACGAGGCGGAGCAAGCAGGAGAUGACGCCAACAAGGAGGAUCAGACAGACGGGUUGUCAGAAAGCGCUAAAGACGAGGAAGAAGAGCCAGUCACAAGUGGACUCAGUCCUCUUACUGAUGACAGCAAGUCCCAGAUCUCUCUGUCUGACAUCCCCUCCCCUAGAGACAGCCCAGCCAAUCAGAGGCCAUGCAGACUGAUAACCAGACGCCUCUGUCUAAUGGUAACCUUGCAGGAUUAGAGGAACCUGUGGAUUCCUCCAGUCAUGAGCCUGCAUCCAAUGGGGUGUCUUUACCCCUGUCACCAGCAGUGAUCUUAGAAAAAUGUGACAUACAGACCACCAACGGCACGUCGCCG